CCGUUCGCUCUUUUCCGCGACAUGUACUAAGUGCUGUUCACCGGUACUCCAUAUCAAUUACAUUGUCUGCCUACCCCACUAUCCUUAUCAUCCUCGACAAUGGUUGUCGUCGACCACCACGAAUACCUCUGUGAGGAGGAGAAGCGUCUCAAAGAAGAUCGAGAGCGCAACAAGUACUGGAAGAAGUGGGGUCCUUAUGUUGCAGAAAGACAAUGGGCAACAGUACGAGAGGACUACUCUGACAAUGGAGAUGCAUGGAGUCAUUUCUCCCAUGACCAGGCAAGGUCAAGAGCUUAUCGAUGGGGUGAAGAUGGCAUUGCCGGUGUCAGCGACACUCACGGCUUUCAGAACAUCGCCUUCUCGUUUUGGAACGAGAAGGACGAUUUCUUGAAGGAAAGACUGUUUGGUCUGAGCAACCCUCAGGGCAAUCAUGGCGAAAGUCUCAAGGAGGCACACUUCCACUUGGACAAUACACCUUCUCACUCCUACAUGAAAUACCUCUACAAGCUACCGCAAAGACGAUUCCCUUACGAGCAGCUGGUUGAGGAGAACGCUAAGCGUGGCAAACAAGAGAGGGAGUUCAACAUCAUUGACUCGGAUGCUUUCAAAGACGACCGUUAUUUUGACAUCUUCAUUGAGACCGCGAAGGAGGCCAACGACCCAGAAGAGCUGUUGUUUCGUGUGACAGCCUACAACCGCGGACCGGAGGCGGCACCAUUGCAUAUCAUUCCGCAUAUGUGGUUCCGGAACACUUGGACCUGGGGCCAUGAGUCCGAGAAGCUGAAGCCAAACAUCCGCAUGGUCGGACCCAUGACUGCACAGUCAAAGCACCACAAGCUGGGCACACGGUUCUUUCAGUUGUCUCCCUCUCCUGGCUGCGGAUCCGACUCAGAUGACGUCCACCCUCAACUCAUGUUCACUGAGAAUGACACCAACACGGACCGUCUGUAUGGCGCAAAGAACAAACAACCCUAUGUCAAGGACGCUUUCCACAGGUGGAUUGUCAACGAAGAAAAAGGUGCUAUCAAUCCUCGUUGCUCAGGUACAAAAUGUGCUGCUUGGUAUGAUUUUGGACAAGGCAAAGGUGUACCUCCCGGAGAGUGCGCUGUAGUAAGAUUUCGCAUGUCCAAAAAGUACGACGGCUACUUGAACGAGGAGUUGCUCGACGACAUCAUGGAGCAGAGACGUCAAGAAGCCGACGAAUUCUACUAUCGCAUCAGUCCUCUGCCGAUGGCCGAUGAUUUGAGAAACAUUCAGAGACAAGCAUUCGCCGGUAUGCUGUGGUGCAAGCAGCAUUACUAUUUCGUUUGGGACCAAUGGGCUAAUGGCGAUCCUAACAUGCCACCGCCACCACCAAACCGGCGAAGUAUCCGCAACGCGCAUUGGAAGCACAUGCAUCUUGAUGACAUUCUGUCCAUGCCAGACUCAUGGGAAUAUCCUUUCUUCGCAGCAUGGGACUCUGCCUUCCACUGUAUCCCACUUGCCAUGAUCGAUCCCGAGUUUGCGAAGAAGCAGCUUGAUCUGUUCACCAGAGAAUGGUACAUGCAUCCCAAUGGGCAGCUGCCAGCCUAUGAAUGGAACUUUGGCGACGUCAAUCCACCCGUCCACGCCUGGUCAGUGUUCAGAACUUUCAAGAUUGAGCGAAAGAUGUACGGUCGGCAGGAUCUGGACUUCCUUGAGCGUGUAUUCCAAAAGCUACUCCUCAACUUCACAUGGUGGGUCAACCGCAAAGACAACGAAGGCAAGAACGUAUUUGAGGGUGGAUUCCUGGGCCUCGACAAUAUUGGCCUAUUCAAUCGUUCUGAUCCCCUACCCACUGGUGGUGUGCUGGAGCAAGCUGACAGUACUGGCUGGAUGGCCUUCUACUGUCUCUGCAUGCUCAACAUUUCACUCGAGCUUGCCAAGCACAGGAGGAUCUACGAAGACAUCGCAUCAAAGUUCUUCGAGCACUUUAUCCUCAUCUCAGAUGCCAUGACUUUCCGUGCUGGAGGCACCGAAAAGAGUCUCUGGAACGAUGAAGAUGGGUUCUACUACGAUGCAAUCUCGUGGGGAGGACCCUGGACGCAGCAGAUGCCUGUUCGAUCCCUUGUCGGCCUCAUCCCUCUCUAUGCCUGUGUGACCUUGGAGCCGGAGCUGAUUAACAAGUUUCCCAACUUCAAGCGGAGAAUGGAGUGGUUCAUCGAGAAUCGCACCGAUGUUGCCGAACGCAAUAUUGCCUCUAUGCGCAAGAGGGGCAAAGACCAGCGUCUGUUGUUAUCGCUCGUCAGCAAGGAGAGGCUGGAGAAGAUCCUCAAAAGGAUGCUUUCCGAGACCGAGUUCCUGUCUGAGCACGGCAUCCGAAGCUUGUCCAAGUAUCACGAGGAUCACCCCUACAGCAUGGACGUCAACGGUCAACAGUACAAAGUCAGCUAUGUUUCAGGAGAUUCUGACUCUGGCCUGUUUGGAGGCAACUCCAACUGGAGAGGACCCAUUUGGAUGGCUGUGAACUUCCUGCUUGUCGAGUCACUGCUUCGCUUCUACAUGUUCUACGGAACGAGCUUUGAGGUUGAGUGCCCUACCGGCUCUGGUGAAUACAUGCACCUGGGUCACGUUGCUGAGGAGAUUCAGCAUCGCCUGCAGCAUCUCAUGGUUCGAGACAACGACGGCCGCCGUGCUAUCAACGCCGGCAAUGACACCUUGGACUUUGAUCCCAACUGGAGGGACUAUGUCUGGUUCUUCGAGUUCUUCGAUGGUGACACUGGGCGUGGACUUGGAGCUUCUCACCAGUGUGGUUGGACUGGCCUCAUGGCUAAGAUGAUUCAUGAUACUGGCAUCAAUUGCCGUCUCCCUCAAACGCCACGAACUCCGUCCACAGCUGCUGCCCAUUACUUCGAUGACAUCUACGGCCGAGGCAUUGCCAGAAAGAAUACCUAUGCUGGUACUCCUGGUCCCAACGGCCCCAACGCUCCCCGUAUUCGCCGCUCCUCAACCUCUCGCUCGAUCGGCAACCGUUCGAGCUAUGUCUCCAGCGCCAACGGCGACCACAAAUCCGAUGCUGUCAGCGACGAUGGCGAAAAUGGCUAUUUCCCACAACCUCCAUCCGAAUCUCAAGCGUCCGAGUCCAAUGCAUUUGGAGAAGAAGAGCAACUGGAACAGGAACGUAGACGGAGCGCAGCUGACAGUCACUACGAAAGUUUCAUCAAAGAGCAGCUGCAUCGUGUUCAGACAGAAGAAAGUGUCGCUGUCUAUGAAGACGAGUUCGAGGCUCAAUUGGAUUAAGGACGUUGCACUUUGGGCUUGACCUUCUGCUGCUGUGAACAGUGGUGGUUGUGCGAUGACUAUAACGACAAGAAUUAUCAUUAGACGGGGGUAAUAGAAAGAUAGAAAGACUGAAAAGAGCGCUUGUUUUUCACGGAGGUUACGUUUGUAGCAUCAUUAUUAGCGAAAAGCGGUGUGGUAGCCUUGAUGAAUGGAUCGAUCAUGGAAGAUACUUGCUCCAGAAAGCGAUGCUUGACCUUGGUGAGAUCUAUGAAACAGAGACACGAGACUUAAAGUAUGCAAGUUGUGGUG